AUUAUCGCGAGAUUUCACGUCCAGCCGCGGGGGGAUCUGCGCUGCUUUGUGGGAGUUUCUUCCUUUCUUGUUGCCCGGCCAUCUUGGAGGCGCGUCUCGGCUACCGCCGGACCCGACACGAGGCAGCAACAUGGUGGCCGCGAAGAAAACGAAAAAGUCGCUAGAGUCCAUAAACUCAAGGCUUCAACUGGUUAUGAAAAGUGGUAAAUAUGUGCUAGGGUACAAACAGACUCUGAAAAUGAUUCGGCAGGGCAAAGCCAAGUUGGUCAUCCUAGCCAACAACUGUCCUGCUUUGAGAAAAUCAGAGAUUGAGUACUAUGCUAUGUUGGCAAAGACUGGUGUGCAUCACUACAGCGGCAACAAUAUUGAAUUGGGUACAGCAUGUGGAAAAUACUACAGAGUGUGCACACUGGCUAUCAUUGAUCCAGGCGAUUCUGACAUCAUUAGAAGCAUGCCAGAGCAGACCAGUGAGAAGUAAAAGCUGGAGAGCUGUCAUCCCUUCUAUAAUAAAACUGGUUAUAGACUUGUUUUAAAAAAAACAACCUGUAUUUUGUAUUAAUUAUACUGUUGCUAGUUUGGGGCACAAGUUUGCAAAUAGAGACUGAUUACCAUGGCUGUGCCUCCUUUCCUGUUAGAAAUGUGUUCUAAAAAAACAGUGAAACUUUCCAAAGGCUUUGGAUUUGAAUAGGGCAAGUAGAAUAAGAAUCCCUGAAAAUCUUAA